AGCAAUUUCAUCCACCAAAACCUAGUUAUAACACUCAGAUACAGAACAUUUUGGAAUGCGCCGAUGUCGGCCAAGACAACCAAACAAGUGAGAAAUAGUGAAAAGAUGUUGGGUACUCAUGACCAUGAUAAUACUCCUUCUUGGUCGCUUGGAAGAUGCAUUUCUUCAUGUUUUUCACCAUCUGUAAAAAUGGAGCCAACCCUCAGAAACCUUCCUAAAGCCGCUUCUGAAUUACCACAUACCAACCGCAAGAAGAAGCGUGGAGGAUGGAAGGCCAUAACUUUUAUUUUAGGGAAUGAAACUUUUGAGAGGUUGGCAGUGUUUGGUUUAUUUGCGAACUUUAUGGUGUAUUUGACAAGAGAACUUCAUUUGGACCAAGUUACUGCUUCUAACAUUCUGAGUUUAUGGUUUGGGAUCACAAACUUUGCCCCACUAGUUGGUGCCUUCAUUUCUGACGCCUAUGUUGGUCGUUUCCGGACCAUAGCUUUUGCAUCAUUUGGUACCCUUUUGGGGAUGGUGGUGGUGACUUUAACAUCAUGGUUACCACAGUUGCACCCUCCAUCUUGUAGCCCUGAGGAACUGGCAUCUGGGAAGUGUGUUAGGGCAAGCAAUUCUCAAAUGGGUGUGUUGAUUUUGGGACUAUGCUGUUUAACCAUAGGUUCUUCUGGGGUUAGACCAUGCAGCAUCCCAUUUGGUGUUGACCAAUUUGAUCCAACGACUGAAGAAGGGAAGAAAGGGAUCAACAGCUUCUUCAACUGGUACUACACCACAUUCACCAUGGUCCUUCUGGUCACUCAGACAGUGGUGGUCUACAUCCAAGACUCUAUCAGCUGGAAAAUCGGGUUUGGGAUACCUACUCUCUGCAUGCUCUGCUCCAUAAUCAUGUUCUUUGUGGGAACAAACCUUUAUGUACGUGUGAAGCCUGAAGGAAGCGUUUUUUCUGGUGUUGCUCAAGUUCUAAUGGCUGCUUAUAGAAAGAGAAAACUCAGGUUUCCAAUGAGUGAGGAGAAGCAAGAAGGGUUUUUCUAUGAUCCUCCACUUACUGGGACCACCGUUGUGUCAAAGCUGCCUUUAACCAAACAAUUCAGGGCCUUGAACAAAGCUGCUUUAAUAAUGGAAGGUGAGUUAAACACAGAUGGGACCAUAGUGAAUAGAUGGAGGCUGGUUAGCAUCCAAAAAGUAGAAGAGGUGAAAUGCUUAGUCAGAAUUAUCCCAAUUUGGGCAGCAGGGAUCCUUAGUCUCGUUUCCAUGGUACAACAAGGGACAUUUACUGUGUCACAAGCAAUGAAAAUGAACAGACACCUGGGACCCAACUUCCAAGUCCCAGCUGGUUCAGUGACAGUCAUAUCAUUAAUCACCAUAGCUUUGUGGCUCCCAUUCUAUGACAGAUUCUUAGUGCCAAAGCUCAGAAAAAUUACCAACCAUGAAGGGGGCAUCACUCUACUCCUAAGAAUUGGAAUUGGCAUGGUUUUCUCUAUUCUUUCCAUGGUUGUUGCUGGCAUGGUUGAAAAACUGAGAAGGGAUUCAGCAAAUUCAAAUCCAACACCACUUGGAAUUGCUCCCAUGUCAGUCUUUUGGCUGGCUCCACACUUGAUCCUUAUGGGGCUCUGUGAGGCAUUCAAUAUAAUAGGACAAAUUGAGUUCUUCAACAGACAAUUUCCUGAACAUAUGAGAAGCAUUGGCAAUUCCUUGUUUUCCUGUUCUUUUGCUGUUGCUAACUAUGUGAGCACCAUAAUAGUGAAUGUGGUUCAUCACAGUACAAGAAAAUCUAGCCACCCAGAUUGGUUGACAAAUGAUAUAAAUGCUGGCAGAAUAGACUACUUUUACUAUCUUAUAGCAGUGUUAGCCACCUUCAACCUGUUCUUUUUUAUAUUUGUUGCUAGAAGAUAUCAGUACAAGGGAAGUGUGGACUUCAAUGAUGAAACUCACCAAGUGGAGCUUGGAUCUCACAAACCCUAAGUUUUAAGAAAGAUAAUAAAGAUAAUGUAGAUAUACAUCUAUGUGUGUAUGUAUAUAGGAAGACAUCACACAAAUAAAUUGAAAGACUUUUAUAUAUAUAUAUAUAUUCCUUUCAGAAGUUACGUUACAAAAUAAAA